UUGACCUGGAAUCGUCUUCCUAGCUCUUGUUAUCGUUUGUUUUCGCAUCUUCCUAUCCAUUUCCAUCCAUGAACCCGUAGGUACUAGUCUACGCACUCAGACUGGCCCACGGCGCUGACGUUGCAACAUAUAAAGCUCGGGCCAGAGACGAGUAGGAGGUCAGAGUUCACACUCAGACGUGCGGCAGAACUGUAGUUGAGAAGCAACAAGAAACAGCUCAUACUUGAUCGCGUGGAGAUCGUUCGUUCAAUCAGCUUGGAUUGAUUUCAUGGCGCGCGGGAAGGUGGCCGAGUGCAUACGGAAGCGUGCGAUGCAGAGGAAGUCAGCGGGCAGGCGCCGGAGCAAGGAGAGCGGGGCGUCCGAGCCGAUACUGCCGUGGGAGGCGGGGCCGAAGAGCUGGAGCAGCUCCAGCGGGGCGCCUAGCGGGAGCGGGAAUGAUACGUUCGAGUGCGCCGGUGGCGGCGCGUCACCGGCGCACUCGAAGUCCUGGGCGAGCGCCUUCUUGUCGGCACUUUUGCGGUGGCGGCGGCUCGUGAACGUGCUGGCCGUGCUGUGGGAGCAGGUGGUGUACCACAUGAUGUGGCUGGUGGAGUCCGUGGUGUUGGUGGGAAGGCUCUGCUUCUUCCUCAUGCGCUUCGGCUUCAAGCAGCUCUGAGUCCAUUCUCCCCUUGCCGCCAAGGAGUUGAGGGUGGAGAAGCAGAUUGCGUUGACUUUUUUUCCCUUCAAUUUUCUUAAUUUUGUGCAGACUCGUUUGCCGUUUUUCCGAGGCGUUCAAUCCCUAAAGUUGUACAUGCCCUUCAGCCCCACUUCUGUGCAUAAAGAAAUUUCUUC